AGUACCUCCAGACGCGGAUGGACCUUCUCAGCUUGAUCCAGCUGCUAGAAAACAUGUUAAAUUAAACAGCAUGUUAUUCAGAUAAACAGCAAGUAUGGUUGUUAUCGAUAAUUAUAGACACUUGAGAUAACUUUCUGACGACAAAUGGUGGUAAAUAUAUAUACUAGUUAGACGUGUUAAAUGGAUUCUGAUGAGGUGUUUGACACAAUAAUGUUUGAGCUAAAUAACCAGGUGAUCUCUGAUCCUGAUGAGAGUCCAGAGGAGCAGGAGAGGUUUACACUUCACGAGGAGACGGACUCAGAUGAUAUUCCCCCAUCUCUGCUCAGCUACUUUGAAACCUCAAAAAGCAGAGCAGCAGUUUGUGAGAAGCUCAUCCUUGAGGAUCUUGAAGAUUUCACUGCGUCACAUGACACUGAGGACAUGAUGAGCUUGCCGUUUGAACUCGAUAAGGACAUGAUGAAGCUGAGCGAGCAGGUCAUUAGUCAUACAGAAAACGAGGAGAACAACACUUCCAGUGACACCCGCCUCUUUCCUGCACCCACAGAAGCACUUUUCACUCACAAUGUGUCAGUGUGUCCCAACAAUGAAGAUGAAUAUAUGGAGAGUGAGAAGCAUUUAGCAUUGGAAUACGAGGCAGAGCGAGAGAGACGACACUGUGAGGAGAUGAAGAAGGAAGAGCAAAAGAGACAAAUAGAAAGAGACUUCCAGAAGGAGCUGAAGAAGAUAAUAGAGGCAGAGAAGCUCCAUCAGAAGGAACUUGAGUUGAUGGGGAAGAGAGCUCAGGAAAAACUUGAACAGGAGUUGCUGCUUCAGCAGGAAAUCAUCAGCAAUUUACAGAGACGAGUGGAGGAAGAGAGGAGGAUGAGGGAGGAGGAGCAGAAGAGGAUGAAGGAUGAGGAGGACAAGAGGAAAGGGGAAGAGGUAGAGAGGAAAAGAAUGGAGGAAGAGUCGAGGAGGAAGAAAGAGGAAGAGAAAAAAAUAGAAGAGAUGAAACUUAAAAAAGAAGAGGAGAGGAAACGCGAGGAAGAGGAAAAGAGGAGAAGGGAGAGAGAAGAAAAGAGGAAGAGAGAAGAGGAAAGAAAGAAGCUGGAGGAUGAGAUGAGAAUAAUGAAGGAGGAAGAGUCGAGGAGGAAGAAAGAGGAAGAGAAAAAAAUAGAAGAGAUGAAACUUAAAAAAGAAGAGGAGAGGAAACGCGAGGAAGAGGAAAAGAGGAGAAGGGAGAGGGAGGAAAAGAGGAAGAGAGAAGAGGAAAGAAAGAAGCUGGAGGAUGAGAUGAGAAUAAUGAAGGAGGAAGAAGAGAGGAAAAAGAAAGAAGAGGAAGAGAGGAUAAAGAAGGAAGAGGAAGAGAAGAGGAAAAGGGAGGAGGAAAGAAAAAAGAUAGAAGAGGCAAGGAAGAAGAUCGAGAAGGAGAAGAGAACAAUGGAGGAAGAAAUGAGCCGGAAGAAGGAGGAGGAAAGAAAAAAGAGGGAAGAGGAAACUAUGAGAAGAGAGGAAGAGGUGAGAAUAAUUAAGGAGGUUGAGGAGAGAAAGAAGCAGGAGGAAGUGAGGAAAAAGAAAGAAGAGGAGGAGGCUCUGCAUGAAGAGAUGAGGAAGAGGGAUGAAAAAGAACAUGUAAAUGUAAAUGAAGAAAUAAAACUUAAGAGGAAAAAGAAGGAAGAAAAUGAUAAGAAAAGGAAGAAGGAGGAGGCAAGGAAGAAGGAGAAGGAAAGAACCACUAUGAAGGAGGUAAAGGAAGUGGUAAGAAAAAAGGAAACGAAAGAAGAACCAAUACUCAUCGAAGAGGAUGAAAAGAGGAAAAGGGAAGAUGACAGGAAACCAAAAGAGGAAGAACGGAGGAGGAGGCAGAAGGAAGAGAUGAGACAAGAGUAUGAAGAGGGUUACAAAAUAAUAGAGGAAGAAAUAAAGCUCAAGGAUGAUGAGGAGGAUUGUAAAAGGUUUGAUAUGGACAAUAGAAGGAUGGAGCAUGAGAGCAAAACAAAAGAUAAAGAGAAGAAGCAGGAGGAUGAGGAGGCUGAGAAAAGGCUAGCGAAGGAGAUAAGAAAAAGGGAGGAGGAGAGAAAUAAUAUAGGGGCAGAGAGGGAGCUGAAGGAGGAAGAGGUGGGAAAAAACAAGAAACAGGUUUACAAAAAAACAGAAGAAGAAAUAAGACUCAAAGAAAAGGAGGAGAGCAAAAAGAGAGUGGUGCACGACAGGGAAGAAGAGGGAAGAAGAGCAAAUGAGCUACAAAAGAACAGAGAAACUAACCACACGAAUAUAGAACUAGACAACAGCACCACCUGGACUUCACACAGUGAGUCUACAACCAGUCCCACCAGUACUGAAACCAUUCCACAACAACAUGACCCAGAAGAGAACAUCAGUCAGACCUCCAUUGAUAAAACUGUGGGCUGUGAAAAUCAAGCAGCAGGGCUUUCCACCGUGUCUGUUAUUUUACCUGUGUGCCUCCCAGAGCGCACAGAGAAGAAGAGGCUGGCAUGGAUGAAGGACUGCGUCCCCUGGUCCAAACUGUCCCUCCAGAACAGGAGGAAGCAGAAAGGAUCCGUCCGGAGUCGGAGAGGGCUGAGAGGGGCUGCUGAGGCCGGCAGUCUGCCACCUCUCUGCCCAGACGCUCUGCUUCAGUCCACGGGCUGGAAAUCCCUGCAAGAGGUGACCACAGUGACCCUGGAGGACUUACCUGGCUGUAGCUUAUCUACUCUCGCUCAGUGUACUCAACUUCGGUCCCUCACCCUCAGACGCUGUGGCCUCAAAUCCCUGGAAGGCAUCAACCAGCUACCACAGCUCUGCUACAUCGAUGCACAGGAAAAUAACAUCUCAUUUGUCGACUGUGAAAAUAUGAGUAGUUUACGGGUUCUUCGACUCGGCCACAACAAGCUGACGUCCAUCCAUGGUUUAGCUGGUGCUGAAAAUGUGGACGUCCUAGACCUCUCACACAACUCCAUCACACGCAUCGCUGGUCUGGAGUCUAUGAAGAGACUGCAGAGGUUGUCGGUGGAUCACAACCAGCUGAUCAGCACCAAAGGACUGAGGGACGUUUACACUCUCCUGCACCUGAACUGCUCACACAACCACCUGGCAAGAGUGGAGGGUCUGGAGAACAGUGCUCUGCUCAACACACUGGACCUGAGAGCCAACAGCCUCACUGAGCCCCCCAGUCUGAACAACCAGGUCCUCCUCAGAGAGCUGCAUCUGGACGACAACAGCAUCUCCUCCCUGCAGGGCCUCACUGCCUGCUGGCUUCCCCUCAUGCAACACCUCUCUGUGGCCCAAAACAGAUUAAUCCAGCUGCCCUCCAUGUCUGAUUCUGUGUCUCUUUCAAAUCUGGAUCUUCGAUUCAACUGCCUGUCAGAGCUCCAGAACGUGUGUGAGAGUAUGGAGGGAUGUCUAUUCCUGCGAGAGGUCCACCUCACAGGGAAUCCUCUUCAGCAGGAGAGUGGCUGGAGAUCCACUCUGCAGAAAGCAGUGCCUGGCCUGAGGGCCAUAGAUGAGCAGAAGACAGACUCUUUUCUAACGCCCCCUGCUGUUCAACAGGUCAGCCUGGCCUCAGGCAGCUUCCUAACGUUCUGUCAGGCUCAGCUUCAGCAGACUCGGGAUUUACAGCAGCAGCACAGCAGGGAGCUCAGUAAUGCCUCAUCUUCCCUGGAUGCUGUAAAGACCUCCUGCCGUCACUUCACUGAGGCCCUGCAGCUCGCUAAGGACCAGAGAUUUGCCCAUGAAUAUGGUGACACCUCUGUGGCUGACAAACACAGGGCUGCAGGCCAAACAACACCUGAGGAAACACUUGACAUGGAUAGUACCAAUGCUGAGAAGCGUACUGAGCGCCCAGAAAUGGAAUCCACCGGAAAAGUUCAACCAGUUCUUCCAAACAGGGACAGAUGCAGCUACUGGACCUUUGAGAAGUCAGCUGCAGAGAGUUGGCAUGACACAUUCAACACUGUUACAACAGGUCCAACGAAAGGGCCAUUAGCUAGAAAAGCUAACUCUGGCGAUGUUCACUCCUCUGCAACAAAAAUAAAAACAACUCUCUACAAUCUUGAAAUGGCACCUGUGUCCAGCCAUCAAGACCUGGACCUCCAAAACACAGCAGCAGUCGUGAUUCAGCAGCUGUGGAGGAAAUAUAGACAGAAAUGUGGGAACAUCAGCAGCUUUUCCACAGCUGAGGAGGGAGGAGGAAGAGGAGGAGAUGGAGGAAAGCCAGAGUCAGGACCUUCCUAUAAUAACGGCAGCGUUAUUGGCCGGGAUUAUGCUGCAACUGUCAUCCAGGCGUUUUGGAGGGGCUUCAGUCUGAGGAGGAGGCUCGCAUCUGCUCUGGCUGCUGUCACAUGCCCCGACACCGGAGAGGACGACACCUUUGAGGAGGUGGACGUGGAUGAAUUUGUCUUUGAUGAGGCAGCGCUGGAGAAACACUGGACCUUGCCGCUUUCUGAGGACUCACCUUCCAGACGUUACCCUUUGUCAGAGCAGCCACCAUCUCUGAAGCCUCCUUGCCACUUUCCUGAACCCUCCCAGUACAUCCUCCCACCACCACUGGUUUGGAGGCCAAAGCAGGCCUGGGUUUCUGGAGAACACAUGGACUCUGCUAGACAGAGAGUCUCCCCUGAGAGCUCCAACAGAAGCAAAUCUCCUGCUUCAACCUCAGUGCUCAGCGGUCUCUCUGAAAGAUCAGAAAAGAUUGUGGAAGAAUGGGGUUUCACCGACAGCCACACGGCUCUUCUGAUGCUCAAGAGAGCUCAGAAGAUGAAGUCAACGACGCAACGGCAGAAGAAACAUAGGGAUCCCUCCGUCCGUCUUGCCUUGUUCAGAAACUGCAGUUACCAGCUGGCUCCAGUUGAGGCACGAAACAGGCCAGCACAACUCAACAGGAAUGAUAGAAAAGUUGGAGAGGCUGAGCUGGGCCUUCAGCAGGCGGAGAAGGUGGAGCGAGUGAAGCAGGAACGAGCUCAGCAGUGGCUGCACACCCAGGCUGCUCACCCAGACAGCGACCCAGAGAGCGUGCAUUUCUUACCGGAGAUCAGCCCAGACGUUCUGAACGGAGGCAGAGUGCAGCUCGUGGCUGACCCAGGAUAUACAGAACGUCUACAUCACGCCAGUGGAUUGUGGGCCAACAACAGUUCAGCUGCCCAGGCUUCUUGCAAAGAGAGCAAUUAUCCUCGCAGAAACUCUUUGGGUCAUGCAAGAAAGGAGGUCCCAUCUCCUCAGCGAGUCUCGUCUGCUCCGUCCAAAAGGGAGCGCAUCUCCCACCGAGAAAACCCUGUGCAGUUGAGCGGCGGCUGGGGAGGGGGCAAGAAGAGGGACAAAGUGUACAAGUAAAACACAAACUCUUCUACAAGCACGUCACCAACAACACCCAGAGCAACGUAAAGGCAGAUACAUUUGAUAUUUAUCCCUUUUCUGAUACGUAUCCCUACAAAGAAUGUGUGCAUCUAGUUCAAGAGAGCAUAUUUAUGCUUCAUUUGGAUGCAACGUUCGCUAACAACAUCCUGUGUUGUGGUAUUAACAUGCAUUUGUGAACACAAAUGUAAUGACCCAAGAUUUAAACUAAGAGAUUUCAAUCUUAAAAGGCUAUUUUCUUUUUAUUUGUAUUUAUAAUGCGCUGAAUCCCCCCUGCAGCUGCUCCUUUUACACUCAGCUGAAAACUCGAGCUCCCUGUCCUGAGAAUUAAUUAAGAGCAAAAGGAGCUGGACCAGCCCAAAUAUCUUCAGGCAGUUCCAUUGUGUUGAUUCAGCUCAAGUAUCACUGCCUGAACGUGAUCGCAGCCAACCAGCAACAAAACACAUGGAACAAAAUGGCACGCUUCAUAUGCAAAUGAUGGCAGGAAAUAAGAACCAGGACCUUUUAAUACAGGUCUGCGGAUUCAUGUUUCUUUGGACGCUCAACUGUUGUUCUUACUCUCUUGACAAAAAAUAUAGUAAUUAUAGUUUGUAGUCAUGGGAAGAGACUUUUUCCACUUCUCCCGUGCUCUUUUAAGAGUAACGUUUAAUAAAGCCCAGAAGAGAUUUAAGUGCACUUUCCCCAUUCUGUGGCUAUAUUUAGCUCCCGCUCGCCAACAGUGGGCUUGAAAUUACUGCUUUUUUGAGCCGAGCACAAACAUUGGUGUUAGAAUUAGAACGAUGUUUUCUUUAUUUUCAGUCGUGGAUUAUAAUGGCCUUGUCUGUGUGUUUGAAUUUGGAGAGCUAUAAGGCGUCCGUCCGCAAACACUGCCCGACCGGAGGCGGUGAACCUCAGGCUCGGAGGUUCCUCGCUGGCCCGCCGCCUGGAAAUGAUAACUUAAUGAAUGUCAAAACAAAUAGUCAGAGCUGCAGAGUGGCUCCCUGGCAGGAAAUGCAUGUCUGUCUAUUUAUUUUCCUCCUAUCUUUCACUUGCACAUGUCUGGAGGGUGUGUUUUGACUGUACGCGAGCUGGUGGGGAUUUUUGUCUUGGAGAGUGGCGCAUGCCAGAGAUGCGGUGGUCCUGUCCACUCGGGGGGCUGUUGUGAAACCCAAGAGCAUCGUCUCUCUGGGGGACACCAAGGGGGGUGUUUUCUGUCAUCAAACUGUCAUUACACAAUUGUGAUGCUGGAGAAUUCACAUUUGUAUUGCACAUACAACAUGAAAAGACAGGUGACAUAAAAGUCCCGUAUAUAUCGUGUCACUAUAGUGUUGUUUUGUUUGACACUAGUUCAGAUUUGCCCAGAGUCCUUCUCUUCAACUACUGCUUCUGAAAUGAUAUUGUGAAACCAUCGUCCACCAGUCUUCAUUACAUUUGUUUACUUUUGGGUUAUGGGUAAAUUACAUGUAACCUAAGACAUCCACAAUCCAUUGCCUGGUGAAAUGAGUGCUCCACCGCACAUUUAGAUAAGAUGAAGAAUGUCUCUCUCAGCCCGGACGGCCCUGCCAGCCUGACCUCAAGUCAGCAAAUGUUGCCUGGCGGGGAGACGUUUUGUAUCCAAAUCCCUCCAAGUGCUUUCCUCAAAUGCAUUAAAGGACCAUAACAGUU